AUGGCUGAUGCAGCUCUAAUCAGAGGAUUACUUUCAAAUUUGGCACCUCUGAUUAAGGAUGAAUUAUCGUUGUUUUGGAGUUUUAAGGAGGAGGUUCAAAAGCUAUCGAGCACGCUAUCUUCGAUUAGUGCCGUACUUGAGGAUGCAGAGAGAAAGAACGUGCAAGAGAAGGACAAACAAACGGAAGAUUGGCUGCGGAAACUGAAAGAUGUGGCGUACGAGGUUCGAGACAUCAUGGAUGAGUGCACCUUUGAAGAUCUUCGUCUUCAAGUCAACAGGCGUAAUGCCUCCUCUUCAACUCUGAUCCAGGUAACCAACUCAAUAACCCGUCCUUUUAGCAUUCCUAUGACACGUCUAAAAGUUGGUCACAAAAUUAAGGAUGUUCAAAAGAAGCUUGACCAAAUUUCUUUAGAGCGCCAAAAGUUACAUUUGCUUGAAUCUGUUCCUGACUCAAAAAUAGACAAGCUUACUAGUAGUUCGCGUGAAACCAUCUCUCUUUCUAGUUGUAAUCAAGUUUAUGGGAGAGAUAAGGAAAAGAAACAGAUUAUUGAUAUUCUGGUCAAUAAUACAUCUAGUGCCAAAAAGUUAUCUGUUCUGCCAAUUGUUGGAAUUGGGGGUCUUGGAAAAACAACACUUGCCCAAACUGUCUUCAAUGACGAGGAGAUUACCAAGUAUUUUGAAACCAAAAUCUGGGUUUGUGUUUCUGAAGAAUUUGAUAUUAAAUUGGUGAUGAAAGCCAUCUUACAAGAAAAUGCGGAAGCACGCUCAGAAGAAUUGCAGAUAAAAGUUAGAGAAAAAUUGAGCGGGAAAAGAUAUCUGCUUGUAUUGGAUGAUGUUUGGAAUGAAGAGGUUGAGGCAUGGAGGAGGUUGAGAUCUAUUUUGGAGUGUGGAUCAAAUGGUGCAUUUGUCCUUACAACGACACGUAAAGGAAAUGUGGCAGAAAUCAUGGGAACAAUUCAACCUUUUGAAUUAUCCUCGCUCUCUCAAGUUGAUUGUUGGUUAUUAUUCAAAGAAUGCGCAAAACCAAAACUUCCAAACUUUAUUAAUAUUGGUAAAGAAAUAAGUAGAAAAUGUAUGGGUGUUCCCUUAGUUACCAAUGUCUUGGGAAGCCAAUUGCGAUUCAAUUGCGACGAAAAGGAAUGGUGCAGAAUAAGAGACAGUGAGAUAUGGGAGAUUUCACAAAAUGAAAAUUUAAUCUUGUCUAUUCUAAGAUUGAGUUAUUAUGACCUCUCUUAUCAUUUGAGGAGAUGUUUUGUGUUUUGUGCCAUAUUUCCCAAGGAUGCUGAAAUUGAAAAGGAGAGAUUAAUCCAAUUGUGGAUGGCCCAUGGUUUAUUUCCUACAGUUAAAAACCAAGAAAUGGAAGAUAUUGGGAAUACAAUUUGGAAUGAGUUGUGUCGGAGAUCCUUUUUUCAAAACGAGAAAUUAGAUUGGUCUGGAAAUGAAAUAUGUAAGAUGCACGAUCUUAUGCACGAUCUUUCCGAAUCUGUUAUGAAAGAUGAAUGUUAUACGUUGGAUGCUAAUAGCUCAAGUGAUGGAUUAAAACGAGAAAUUCGUCAUGUAUCGGCAAUGGUUGAUGAAUUUGUCAAAACAUCAGUUCGUUCUCUUAAGAAAAUUGGAGGGUUGCAAUCACUCAUACUCAAUAGAAGAAGAGGUAUUUUUGGAAAUGUCACACAGCAGAUUUGUUUGAGUGUCUUGAAGGAACUUUCAGGUUUACGUGUCCUUGAAUUGAGCUGCAUUGUGCAAUAUCAAGAUUUGUGUUAUAUGGGACGUCUAAAACAUCUCAGAUACUUAGACAUUUCCGGUAACAAUCAGAUAACAACAUUACAUGACAGUAUUUGCGAUCUCUUGAACUUACAGACUUUGAAACUCAAUAGGUGUUCUAAGCUUGAAAGUUUGCCCAGAAAUACGAAAAACCUUAUUAGCCUGCGACAUCUUUAUUUGAAGGGUUGUGCUGGAUUAAAAUAUAUGCCUAGAGGGAUGGGGAAAUUGAAACAUCUGAAGACAUUAAACUUGUUUGUGAUAAGCAACAAAGGAAGAGACUGCCAACUAGAUGAAUUAAAAGAAUUGGAUAUCCGUGGAUCUUUGGAAAUUAAGAACUUGGGAAGAGUUAGUGACGCAUCUAUGGAAAGAGGGAUAAGUAUGGCUAAAAAGACGAGUAUCAAUGAAUUGAAGUUGGAAUGGAGAUCUAAUGAUGAAGUUGAUGACAAUGAGAGCAAGAGUACUAUAGAUGAGAAAAUUGGUGAAGCUCUAGAGGUUUCAACUGCGAGGCUGAAGAUAUUGAAAAUGAGUGGUUACAAAGGUGAAAAUUUCCCUAAAUGGCUCGAGCUUAAAGGCUUGGACAAUAUGAAUACUAUUGCUAGUAGCAGCGAUGGCAAUGAAAUGAUAGUACUAUUCCCUUUGUUAGAGGAACUGCAGAUUGAAAGUAUGAUGAAUUUGAGGGAAUUGGUGUCAUCUAGCUGUUGGAGUACUGGAGCAUUCCCUAAUCUAUCCAAGCUGGUGAUAUGGUAUUGCCCAAAGCUAGGGGCCUUGCCACCGCAUCUCAAAUCACUCAAAGAUGUAACUGUUUACGGUGAAUGUUCGGAUGAAUUGUUAUAUAGCAUCUCAAAUCUGAGUGCUCUCACUCGUCUCAUUCUUAUUGGAUUGCAUGAAAGAAGUGUUUUAUUUGGAGCUGGUUAUAAGGCAUUAAUGUUUGAUGAUGAGAUACCAUCAACAUCAUCAUCGUCAAAUAAUAAUAGUGAAGCACAAUUACGAGGAGUACGCUCAACUAAUUUCCAAUCUCUUCAAUAUCUGCAUAUUGUGAAUUGCAAGAAGUUAAGGCGUUUGUUUGAUGAGGGAAUGAUAUCAAAGAUUAGUGGCUGCCAGAACAAACACUUCAUCAACUCUCUCAAGUAUUUGUAUAUUAGUGAUUGUCCGGAGUUGAUGAUAUCAGUUGAGGAAUUUGUUGGAAACCUCAAUAUUAAUAAUAAUUCACUACAGAUAUUGUGGAUUAUGGAAUGUCCUAAGUUGGUGUCUUCAGAAGAUGCGGACGAUUUUAUCGCACUCCUGCGUCCCCUACGAACCAGACUUGGUCCUAAGAAGUUCUUUGUAAAUAAUCUAUUGGAAGAGGAAUAG